GGUGCUAUUAAUAGUCUAACAUCUUUGUCUAUAGAACAUUUAGAGAAUGAAUAUGGACCAGAUUUAGCCUCAUCUCUUUCCUCACCGUUAUACUACAAACAAGAAGAGUAUACCGAUAAAAAAGGAAAGAAGAAAACUAGAAAAGAUCCCUCAUCUGCGCCAGUUCUUUAUGCAAAACUUAUUUACUCAGAAAAAUCAAAGAAAAUUUUAUCUUUGUUUAAAGGAAAGGGGGGAAAGAAUCUAAAUCCUUUUAAAAAUAUUAACCAGUACUGUAAUGUGAAAUUGGCAUUGAUAAUAGAAGGAAUCUUUAUAAGUAAAACUGUAACAUCUUUACAAAUAAAAGUUCAUGAGUGCUAUGUAAAACCAUUAAAACCUAGAGAGUCUUUAUUAACAAUUGAAGAAGACGACGGCGAAGAGCAAAGUGAUUGUGAAGAGGACAAUGAAGAUGACAUUGAAGAAUUAGUUGAUAGAUUUGAGGAAUUAAGAUUAUCUGAUGAAGAGAAAGAUGAGUGAAUAGGAUUU